AGGUGGUGGUGGCAGAUGGAUAAAUGGCGGCAGAGGUCAGUGUCCCGCAGGUCCCGCCUGCCUAGUGCAGGUUUAAAGUCCAUCAGCAGCAUUAACACCGGGACUAAUCUGUAGACCAGCUGCUUCUACACGCUGCUGUAUACAGGGACCAUUCCCCACUAUCACAGAACCCUCACUAACAACAGUGCCAGUGUCCUCCUACAGAGACAACCUGAAAGUGUUGGACAGCAACAGCAUCCCAGUGAUUCAUCUAUUCUUAAGCCCUGCCAGACAAGAAGAUAAGAAAGAAAAGAUGGCGGUAGACGCCGGGCUGUCCAACCUCACGUCUCCACUGAUUUCACCCACAGGGAAGGAACUCGACUGAAUCCCAGCUGAGGCAAAAGAUUUAGAAGACAGCUAACGUCAGAUGGGUGAGGAAGAACCUGACUGGACUUCUUUCCCAGGGUCACCAUGUGUGGGGAAUCAGGGCCAUAUGGUUAACACUGAAGACACCAACAUCAUGACCACUAAUUGCUCCAUGAGGAAUAGGGGACCAUGGCACUGAUGGUGCUUCGUCCCCUGGUACUGGCCUUGUGUGUUGGCGUUGGAAUAAAGUUCCAAGUUAGGGGUGACCAGAUGAAGCCUGCACGGGCACCUCUGAUUCCUCACCGGCCUUUUGUUGUCGUAUGGAAUGCUCCUACUGAGUCCUGUCGCCUUCGAUUCAAGGUGGACUUGGACCUCAGUGUUUUUGACAUUGUAGCGAACCUCAACGAAACCCUAAGUGGCCCAAACGUUACCAUAUUCUACCACAGCCACUUGGGAUACUACCCAUACUUUUCCAACUCUGGGGUUCCUAUCAACGGUGGCCUACCACAGAACCAGAGUAUUUCCAAACAUCUGAGCAAGGCGCGGGCCGAUAUUGAUAAACUAAUCCCCCAGAAGGAUUUUCGAGGCCUGGGUGUCAUCGACUGGGAGAACUGGAGGCCUCAGUGGGUCAGGAAUUGGGGGUCUAAAGAUAUCUACCGCAACAAGUCCAAGGAACAGAUCCGGAAACUUCACCCACACUGGCCAGAGAGCAAGGUUGAAAAGGAAGCAAAAGAAAGUUUUGAGAGGGCUGGGCAGGACUUCAUGAACCUGACUUUAGCCCUCGCUGAAGGUCGCAGGCCAGAGGGGCUGUGGGGGUUUUACCUGUUCCCAGACUGCUACAACUAUGGUUAUAAGCAGCAUCCGCAACGGUACACGGGUGAAUGCCCCAAUGUUGAACAUGUACGUAACGACCAUCUGAUGUGGCUUUGGAAAGAGAGCACAGCCCUCUACCCGUCCAUCUAUCUGGACUAUGAGCUCAAGUCCUCCCCCAAUACUGUCAAAUUUGUCCACUAUCGAGUCAAAGAAGCCAUGAGGAUCGCGUCCAUCGCCCGUAUCGACUUUACAUUGCCUGUGUUCGUCUAUUCCAGACCUUUCUACGCCUACACCUUUGUAGUUCUUUCAGAGAGGGACCUGAUUCACACCAUCGGGGAGAGUGCAGCUUUGGGAGCGUCAGGUGUUGUCCUCUGGGGAUCAUCAGAGUACGCUCGAUCACAGAGGAACUGCAUGACAGUGAAGAAGUACAUUGAUGGUCCUCUGGGACAUUAUGUCAUUAACGUCACCUCCGCUGCCAAGCUGUGCAGCAAAGCGCUUUGCAAGAAGAAUGGCAGGUGUGUCCGUAAGAGCCUGAACUCGGGCGCCUACCUGCACCUGAACCCGCACUUCCACAUCCACCGCAACCCUACACCCAAGGGCCCUCAUUUCCAUGUCAGCGGUCACCUCAACAACCACGACAUCCUGGACAUGAAGCACAAGUUCACCUGCCAGUGCUACCAGGGCUGGACAGGUGUUUACUGUGAGAUGCCCCAGGCUCCGCCAUGUCCUCCAUCUCCCCCACUUCAGCCUGCUGUCCCUCUGCCACACCCCAGGGAGAACAGCCUGCUGGGAGACAUCCUGCUCCUCCUGUCCCUCCAUUUCUCCUGUCUGUGUAUCAUCAUGUUCCUGGGACUCUGUCUGAUUAUCAAGUGUCUGAUACUGUAGACACCAAGGUUUAGGGCACAGCUGUAGAGAGGACAGCAGGCAGGUCUGUAAUAAGCAGCCACACCUGAGUGUUAGCCUCACCUAAAGUGCGAUCAGCUGCAGUUCCUCGAAUGUCCACGCAGUGCAGCACCAAGAACCGUAUUGAAAUGAAUGGGAAAAACUCCAGGUUCUGUGAUUUUUAAAGAUAUCAUUUGAACUUAUGAAACAGAAUGCUGAGCCCAUGUACUAACGUCCAGGUGUCUCACAAAGUGGAAGCGAACCUCAGUCCACCACUGCCUGAGAACGCCUGAGCCUUUCAUGGAUCAUCCAGAAUCAACUGCUGCUAAAAAGCAUUCAAAAAUGUUUGAAAUGUCUGUCAAAAAUGCAUAUUAAAUUCAAAUGUAGAGGUUAAAAACCC